AUGGAGUUAGAUUUAAAUGUAUGGAACAUAAAGAAUUUUUUAGAAUUAAAAAAUGGAUUUAAAUGCCAAACUGAAUUUGUUUGUUUGCAUACUAAUAUUACCUACUGGAUAAUGCUGUAUCACCAGGGGGUACAUCAAGUCGACAAAUCUAAUAUGGGACCAGAUCACUUAAGUUUUACUGUCACAUCAAACUUGCAUUAUGGGCGCGCAAACCAAGGCGGUCGUUACAAAGAGAUGAAUCUCUUUAGACCGUUACUUAUAAAAACAAACAUUACUGGUUUAACAAACAAUCUGUGUAGUAAAAUGAGGUUACUGUCUAUCCCACCCUUAGUCCCACCGAAAAUACUAUACGAACGUCAAAUAAUACCUGGAAAAACCCCAGAACAUCAUAAUAAUCCAGAGGUUGAAAGACUGUUGAAGGAGGAUCUAUGUGACUACCCACCGUACUGCUCUCGCAAAAUUCAUCAUGGCUUUCAGAAUGCUAUUAUGAUUCGUGAUCAUAAGCGUAGGCAGGUUGCUGCACACUUUUGCGAUUUGCGGAUCAGACUAAAUGCUAUUCGGAAAAACACAGUGCUGCCUAAAGAAAUUCAGGACCUAGCAACUCUAUAUAUGGCUUCGUUGCCUCGCGAUAGUAAUUGGACACGUAUAUCAAGCAGAUGUAUCGUUACUUCUAGGAGGCGAGGAUGCAAGACCCGUUGGAGGUUAUCGCGCAUUGUUUGGAGACUGCUCGCAGACUACAACAGAAUGUCUGGAGUGCUUUGGGCUUUUUGGGGAUCAAACACUCGUAGCGUGAGAAGACAUAUGUUAUGGCCACCCCCUGAAGGAAUUCAGGUUGCAGAGUAUAUACAUCGAUACUAUGAAAAUUUAAGUGAUGAAAGACAUACUGUCAAUUAGUAACAUUUUAAUAGAACGUUUGAGAUGAAAA